AUGUCUGUGGAAGUUCAACCCAGAAACAGAUCUCAGCUUCCAGAACAGCGCCAUACUAUUAAGUCGAGAGAUCUGAGACCAAGUAAUCGUGCUGCUAUGCAUACAUAUCUCCAGAAUGUUAAUGUUAAAGCUCAAAUCGGUACAGUUAACACAUGCACAGAAAAAGUUUCAGCUCUGGAGUCAAUUGUUCAAGUGGGGAUGGACUUUGUAUUGCCUCUGCAUUCUAAGACCAUAUGCUCUAGUGAACCACCUUGGAUAAACCCAAAGUUAAAAGAUCUUAUUAAACGCCGCCAACGGGCGCUUGCCCAAGGAAACUUGCCAUCGUUUCGUUCCCUGAGGAACCGAGAACGCAAGGUCUGUAGAGCGAGAUAUUAUAACACCAAAAUAGCUCAUUUGAAAGAUUGUAAACCAUCAUUAUGGUGGCGUGAAGUAAAAAAACUCAGCGGUUUAUCAUCAUCCAGCAAAAAUGACUUCACAAAACUUGUUCAACACCUUGAUGGAACUUCUGACCAAACAGAUUUAGCUAACAAGAAUAACCAGGCGUUUCUAUCACCGAUGAGCAUCUUCGAUCCUUUGCCGAGUGACUACGAACUUCAGCAAGAUAAUGUAUCAGCUGCACCUUACCUGGUCUCAAGUGACAGCGUUUUUGUGAAACUUUCUUCCCUCAAUCCAAGAAAGGCUACCGGCCCCGAUGGCAUACCGGCUUGGCUCAUUAAAGAGAAUGCAGAUUUGUUGGGGGACCCCAUAUCAGACAUCAUUAAUUGUUCCUUUAGGGAAAGUCGUCUGCCUGCAGUAUGGAAAACGGCGGAUAUAAUACCUAUCCCUAAGAAUAAGCUGGUCCAAGAGGUUAACAAAGAUCUUCGACCCAUCUCUUUAACACCAGUGCUAGCUAAAGUUGCAGAGGAAUUUGUGGUAGAAGAGCAUGUGCGCCCUGGCUGUUAUUAA